GGCUAGAAACCAACAGCGCUCUGUCGUAUUUUGCCUUUUAAUAGAUGUAUUGCUUUUAAACUUCGUGAUGGCUGGACACUAUAGGGAUUGUGCUAUCGCCUAGUGUCAUCACGGAAAACCCCCGCUGCAUUUAUAGCUUUGCUCAAACCUCCGCGGAAAUUAAGUGAAAGUGUCGCUGUGCGUUUCGUCCUCCUUACACAGCGGAUUUCAGCUCGUGUUGUUGCUUGGUGUCUCAGGAGCGGCCGAAUGGACGAGACGGGCUUCAACAUGACCUAAACAUCCCCGGAGAUGUCACUUAACACCGAGCAGUGUCCAGUCCCAGCACAGGUCAAGUGUGGUGGGUAGAUAGGCGGUAUGACUGAGGAGAAAUGUCCUCAGUUGGUGGAUUAUUUUGUGGUGGCGGGGCUGGCGGGCGACUCGGCUCCACCAGACGAGGAAUGUCAGCAGAGAGGAGGCCGUGGCAUGGUGCCCAUCAGCGACCUGGCUGUGAUCGCUCGUGGACUUGGAGAAGAGGUGCCCGAGGGCUUCACUUGCAUCGAGAAGACAUUGGGGGGCCACCCAGCUGAGCUCAGCGCUGGCCUCAUCAACAACCCACACAUGUUCCUCUGCUACCGACGCAGCCACGACAAACCACCCAUUGUGGAACUCGGUGUGCUGUAUGAGGGGAAAGAUUCAGUGAAGCAGGGUUGGUAUGUGAUCGAAACUACGCCAUACAGCCGGUGUGCCAGUCUGAGCUCAGGAGCUCCUGCCACUCAUAAGACGUUCCUUAUGUAUCGGCGUGCCCCCGACUCACAGGCCCUGAACACGCUAGGGGUGACCGAUAUCUCAUUACUUAUGCCCAGCAAGGGAGAAGUGGCACCACACACCUUCUGCAAAGUGGACAAGAAUCUAAAUACUGGCAUGUGGGGCCCGGCACUGUACCUGUGCUAUAAGCGGGCUGUAGCAAAAGCCAACGCCCUUGUGUAUGAGGCGGGGCUGAUCAGUCGCUACCCUGAGGAGGAUCUUGAGUCAUUUGCUUUGCCGGAGUCAGUCCCUGUCUUCUGUCUGCCCAUGGGUGUCACUGUAGAGAGCUGGCCACUCAAUACCAAGUACCAGCUCCCUGUCUUCUCCACCUUUGUCCUCACCACCGCAUCUGGAGAUAAGGUGUAUGGAGCUGCUAUCCAGUUCUAUGAAGCAUACCCACGGGAGGCUCUGUCUGAAAGGCAGCGAGUGCGGCUCGGGCUGGUCAGUGUUGUGGACCGCAGACCCAUCACUAACCGCAUGGUGCAGGUGAAGAAGAGCGUGUGUGUGCUCUCUCACUGGCCGUUUUUCACUGUCUUCCAGAAGUUUCUCACCUUCAUCUAUCGCUACUCCAUCUCUGGACCUCAUGUGCUGCCCAUUGAGAAGCAUAUCUCCAGUUUCAUGCACAACGUGCCCUUUCCUUCACCACAGCGACCGCGCAUUCUGGUACAGCUUUCUCCAUAUGACAACCUCCUACUGUGCCAGCCAGUGUCCUCACCCUUACCACUGAGUGGUGCCAGCUUUGUGAAACUUCUGCAGAAUCUGGGCCCGGAGAAUGCAUGUACCCUGCUGUUAGCUGUUCUCACUGAGCACAAACUGCUGCUACAUUCCCUCCGACCAGAUGUGCUGACCUAUGUCAGUGAAGCCCUGGUGUCGAUGACAUUUCCGUUGCGCUGGCCUUGUCCGUACAUCCCACUGUGCCCACUUCGGUGUGCAGAUGUGCUGUGUGCCCCAAUGCCCUUCAUCGUGGGUGUUCACUCCAACUAUUUUGACCUGUAUGACCCUCCUUCAGAUGUGGUGUGUGUGGACCUCGACACCAACACCAUCUUCCAAUCAGAAGACAAAAAACCCUUGUCAUGGAAGUCUUUACCCAGGAAACAUGGAAAAAUCUUGCUGAACUCACUCACUCACCUGCACAAAACCUUAGAGAAAAUCUGUACCCCUGGUCAAGAAGAGGCAACCCUAGAGUUCUUGCUAACAGAUUACGAUCUGAUCUAUGGGCGACAAAAGCAGCUGGAGCUGGAGAUCCAGGAGGUUUUCCUGCGCUUUAUGAGCUGCCUCCUAAAAGGCUACCGCUCUUAUCUCCUGCCCAUCACCCAGGCUCCCUCUGAGAGAACCACUGACUGCAGCUCCCUCUUCAAUUUACAGGGUUUUCUUAAGUCUCGAGACCGGACACAACAGAAGUUUUAUUCCCACCUCACUAAGACUCAGAUGUUCACGCAGUUUAUAGAGGAGUGCUCCUUUGUCAGUGACAGACACGCCUGCCUUGAAUUCUUCGAUGAGUGUGUUCAAAAGGUGGAUGUGGAGAAGCCUGAGGAGGUGAGGCUGAUAGAUCUUGAUGAGGCCCACAGUGGGGAGCAUACAGUGUUUAUAAUGCCACCAGAGGAACCUCAAGAACCUGAUGGCUCUGAAUGCCCUGCACACUACAGCUAUGAGACAUUUCCUGUUCUGCAUCCUGAGUUGUUUGACCGGCCUCAGGAUCAACUCCGUACCACAGCAAAGGGUAGUGCCCCGAGUAGUCCUGCUCCUCGCCGUACCAAACAGGAGAUAAAGCUGGCUCAGAAAUGUGCACAGAAAUACUCUGCAGUUCCUGACAUGUGGUCCAAGUGUCUGCUUGGCCACUGUUAUGGUCUGUGGUUUAUAUACCUGCCCACAUAUGUUCGGGCCGAGAGCACCAAGGUGCGGGCACUGCACACUGCCUAUGAGGUGCUCAAGCACAUGGAGACACGGAAGGUGGUGCUGCCUGAUGAGGUGUGCUACAGGAUCCUAAUGCAGCUGUGUGGGCAGUACGGUCAGCCCGUGCUUGCAGUCAGGGUCCUGCUGGAGAUGAAGAAAGCAGGAAUCAUCCCUAACACCAUCACAUACGGGUACUACAAUAAGGCUGUUCUGGAGAGCAAGUGGCCAUCCACCAAUCAGGGAGGUCGCCUUAGAUGGGCCAAGCUUCGCAACGUUCUUUUGGCUGUGGCACAGUUUAGGCAACCAAUCAAACACAGGCAAAAGAGUGACUCUGUUAGCUCAAAACAAGGUAACUCCAACUGUAAUCUUCUCCCUCACUCCACUCUUGUACGUCAGACCAGCUGGAGUGGUUUGAGUGAAAGUUCGAGUCAUGAAUCUUUGACUGGUCCCAUCACUAAGAGCAACAGUCUAAGCAGUAUGCGUCCUGACAAAUCUAUGUUAGCUAGGAAAGCAAUGCUCCAAAACAAAAGCAAUGAUGACCCUGCGUCCCGCAAACCUCCUAUUAAUCCUCGUGAUAUGGUUACACCGUCCCCAAUUCCCCCUGAUGACCAUGUCAGAGUGCGACGGAGUGACAUCUGCUUGUCCAACUUUUACAAGGAGUGUGCAGAAUCAGAUACAGACUGCGUGUACCAGCCGACUGAGAGAGACGGCAGAUCUGCAGAGCAGCGGGAAACGCUGAAUCGCAAGGCAGUAGAUGAGAACUACAACAACGUACACUCCCCAAAUCGUGGACUGGCAGGUAAACUACAGCAGCUUCUCACACCCACGCGUCACCGCAACUCAUCACGCCGUGCAGCCAGCAUGGACGAACGGCGACCUGCCGCUAACGGCCCGUCACGCAAAUCAUCUGAACAGAGACAGUCUCGCAAAUCGCAGGUGGCUGAAACUCUGCUGAAAGCCAAAGAGCGACUCUACAAUGCCACCUCAGAGAGCUCAUUGUCUGUAGGUAGUGACAUUGACCUGUCAGAGCCUCCAAAUUCUGGUUUUUCUCUCAGGAAGUCAUGGGAUUCUACACAGGAAGGGGUGGGGCUAGAGGUAUCAAUGUCGAGCUGCACACUUUGUCGGAGCUGCAACUCGUUGGUGUAUGAUGAGGAAAUUAUGGCAGGCUGGACAUCUGAUGACUCUAAUCUUAACUCCAGCUGCCCGUUUUGCUCAGCAACAUUCGUACCACUGCUUAAUGCAGAGAUCUGUGACCUUGGGCCUGUCGGAAGCAGUCAGUAUCGCAGUAACUGGAACAUGGAGGAUGAGGUGGAGAGUGCUGUGAGGCCCCCUACUGGCCAUGAUGGUGUUCUGUAUAACGGUGUGAAUGAGCACGAUUCCAGUUCAGAGACCAGCACAUACUCUGAGAACAGCAGUAAUACUCUAAACUCCUCAUCUUUGGGUGGCACCCCUCAGGUGACAGUAGCGUACCUGAGCCCUCUGGUCUUGCGUAAAGAACUGGAAAGUCUUUUGGAGAAUGAGGGCGAAAGUGUUCUCUCUCAGGUCCAGUUACUGGACAGCCACUCCAUCCUCUUCUGGAAUCUGGUCUGGUACUUCACUCGUCUUGGCCUUCCUAGUAAUCUCCUACAGCUGGUGCGGGCAUCUCCAUUAGCUUCAAAGAUUUCACAGAGCUCAGAGAGCACUUCAGUAAGGGUGAGGUUACUGUGGGACACUUUGACACCUGAUACAGAUUACUGGCCUCCUCUCUAUGUACUCUGGAGAAUACACAGUGGAGUACCGAUGCGGAACUAUGCAUGGCGCAGACACAACCAUCCCUUCACCCUGAGCUUCCUGGAGGAAGUCCUGCGUUGUGUCGGUAUGAAUGAAGUGCACAAGGCCAUCACGUUCUUCCUGGACACCAUCAGCAAGCAGCCAGGCUAUCCCCGGAUACAGAGGAGUUUGUACAGGGAAUUUCUUUUUCUGACUUUGGCUGCGAUGGGCAAAGACCAUGUCGCUGCUUUUGACAAGAGGUACAAAGCUGCCUACACCAGGCUGAGUAGUUCCCUGGGCCGUGAGGAGCUGAAGAGGAAAAGAGCUAAGCCACCGAGCCCCAAAGCUGUGGACUGCAGACGCUGUUUUCUAGUGCCCCUAGACUGCUGAGGGUUGAUAAACACUCCUGCUUUACAGCUGGGAACCUUCUCUAUCUCAGUGGCUGCCUUCUGCAAUUAUCUCCCAAAGUCAGUUCUAACUGGACCUUUAUUUCAUCGUGUCUCACACAUCUCCACAUAGCAGUCAAUGGACCGUUGCUCUGAAACCCUUUUUCUCCUGUCACUCUGCGGAUUUAGGCACACGGUACUUGUUGCAAAACUCUUUGGGCAAGAUAACAAUUCUCUUUGGCCAAGAAUCUGUUAUUUUGUUCAUUUUUAUUUGUUUGAAGUUGCCUCAGUUUAUUUUAAUGGGGCAUGUCUUACCAGAUCUUUCUAUCUGUAGUGCAUCAGAAAUUUAGACAAAUUUAGACGCUGGGCUGAGUUUUCUCUUUGCCAAGUAAGUAAACCUAGACACUGUAGUCAUGCUUCAGUGGCGUUCUGGUCUAUGCAUCAAGUAAAUCAUCAUUAUACCAGCAUCACACUAUGUACUAUAUGUUUUUCAGACAAGGCCUCCCAUUACUCCAUCAGAGUGCAGAUUGUGUGUGUGUGUGUGUGUGUGUGUGUGUGUGUGUGUGUGUGUGUGUGUGUGUGUGUGUGUGCGCGUGAUUGUAUCUUAUGAGACAGCCUACAUUUUCGAACCCUUUAAGUUCCUCUCUCUUGUAGUCACUUUGUAUAUUAGGUCUUAUUAUCUUCUGCUACUUAUGGUUAGCUGUGCCUGCCUCUAGCAACUAAGCUGUGAGAGAGAAACUGUGUGCAUGAACGCCAACAAAACGCUGGGAUGAAACUUCAAACUUAUAGCCACUGAAGAGGAGGAAGGACUAUGUUGUGGUACGGAUUGCUGGGAUGUGAAGAGCAUUUUGCUCUACAAACAGGAGCACAGAGGUGAUGGGUAUAACAGACAACCCAAAAGAGCACUGAAGACUGAACUGCCUGAGUAUGAACGUUUGGAACUGUGCUCUGGUAAAGACUCAUAACCAAAAGACUAUCUAAUUGGAAUUUACCUCCUUUUUUGUUUUACUUGUUUGCCAUCUGAUUUUAUUGUUUUAAAAACAUUAGAUGUGUGUUUGAGCCUUUGUGAUGUGUGUGUUCAGCUUUCAGUCACCCAGACAUUUAUUGAUUGGGGGGAAACAAAGCCUUACAUUUCCAUUUUCUUGUGUUUAAACCUAACCUUACUUUCCAUAAACCCCUCAAUCAAGGGCACGGUUAUCCAGCCUCUAUUGCACUGAGUUGUCUCCUCCUACUGAACUUUUGGUUAUAUCCACCUAGGUAGAAGGUCUCCAUCUCAAGAAAUUGUUGUUUCUGCAUUGAGGGGUAUAUCGAAAGAAAAGGGAAAAUGGUAAAUUUCAUGUGUAGCAUGUGGGGCAGUGGUUUAGCUGGAUGGUGGUGUAUUAGUGUUGUGCUAAUGUCAAUCGACUACAGACUCCUGCCAAACCACACUGCUACCUGCUACAUGAACGCUUAAUGCUUUACUUUUGCUGGACCAUUGAACAGCUGUGUGUGUUUGUGUGCAUCUGUGCCUGUUUGCGCAUGUGUAUGUCUUUGUGUGUGUGCGUGCGUUUGUGUUUCCAACCCUUUCUGCCUUUUGCAGUAUGUUUUAGGUUGUACUAAUGCCCUGAGAGCCACUUACACACCUUGCUCAACCCCUUCGCACUAUGUAGGACUGUAUCAGUACUACAGUCAGAAACACGCCUCACUAAUUUGCAUACUCGCACAACCGUCAAGUCGUAGAGUCACGCACAUUAUCGUUAAAUUCAUACAGCACUGUCAGACUGAACUACAGCUCAUUUAGUAUCAGCAGGAGUUUUGCAAUGCUAAACUGAUUCUCGGAUCACUCCUCACAGUGAAACUGAGUGAGAAUGAAUCCUCCUCCCUGAUGGCCUUAUCUAGCUUCUUUCAUUCUGGCUUUGGAGGGGUAUCCUUGUGUCAGUGCUUCUCAUUGCAUCUAAAAAUUAAAUCUCUACUGCUGAUCUAAAAACAUGUGGUUGACCUAAUAUUUCCACUGAAGAUGUGUUAGAUACCUGGCAGUAGGUGAGUGCCAAGUCUGUCUAAAUUUUCGUCCAUCACCGUGGCUUCGGAUCAUUUAGCAAUUUGGUUAAUAGGAACAUCCUUAGAUAAGCUGUUUUGCCAAUCUAUAUUACUAUUGCGUCCAGCCUUAUAAUGUGACAACAGCCUUCACGAUGUCCUUUACCUCCUCUCUCUUAAAUAAUUGCUAUGUUUUGUGUCUGUUCUCCUUCUGCAAACUGUCUGUGGCUUUUUUUACGAGUCAUAACACUUUUACUUGUCGUGUAUGUUCAAAGUGGUGAAGCGCAUAUAUGUUUCUGUGUGGGGUUAUAAGUCACCUUAUAAUGAAGAGAGAUAGAGUUUGUAUGAGAUUACAUGUUCCUCUGAAUAUUUAACUAGAGGUGGAAAGCUGUGAUUAAUAUAGCUAGAAUCAUUUCCGUAUAGAAAGGUCAUGAUGAUAGCAAUAUGUUGUGUAAUGUUUAGUCUUAGGACAAAAAUCAGCACUGAAAUUACUGUUAGUAAUUAGCUACAGGUUUUAAAAAAAAGAAAGAAAAAAGGAUGAACAAGUCAAAAAAAUGUUCCUGUUCAGGAAUGAAGUCCUCUUUUUUGCCCAUUUGUUGUGCCGUGUUGUAUAAUGAUGACCAGCAGGGGGCAGCAUGCCAAAGGGAGUUUUGCUCAAAAAGGUCUGCAAUGAUUUCACUGUAUUUUAAUGCAUCAGACUGCAACAUGAGGAAAUCUGAGUUAGGACAGUUUUUAUUUUUUAAAAUUAAAUGGAAAAACAAAGGAUUUGCAGAGUUAUAUUUAAGAUGUGUGGUGUUUGCUGUAGUAAUUUAUAUAGUAAGUUCUGUUGUGAUUUCUUUUUUUUUAAUGUUGGAAAAAACCCUCAUGGUUGUGUUUUGUUGAUUAGAAAAAUGGUGGAUUGGUUUUGGCCAUGGUGUAACAGCAUUCAAACUCUGACCUGACAUCAUUAAAGUCCCUCAUACAUUACUUGUAAAUAUUGAUGUUCAGCACUAAUUAGACAUUAGGUUGUUUGUAGCAACGUCAAGAAAAUUCUCCAUCACUAAACAGGGACUGAGCCAUAAAUGUGAACCAUACACUUUAUUCAAUAUCCGAAAUGCACAGCAAUAGUGAACCUUGUAUUAAUAUUUAGAGGAACUAAUUGUUUUCAAGUGA